CUUCACUGACGCUGCCCAGAUCCCAUACGCUUUCUGUGCCUGUCUAGUAAUAACUGCAGAUUUUUUCAAAGCUUCUGCGUUGCCCUUCCAGCUAAGUAUUCGGUUUCUUUUACUGUCAUGAAUAGCAGUGGAGGCAAAGCCAGCAUGCCCGUUACAUUAGUCAUUCCCAGUGUGGUCCACAUGUCCCGGUAGCAAUACAGUAGUCUAACUAAACGAUACCGCGGUGCGGGCGCGCCGUCAAAGAUUUCGAAAGCCGAAACUCACCACUACAAGUCCGCCGUAAGUCGAUGCACAAGAGGAUGCUAUUCAAAAUGGACCACCGAGCCUUCACGAUACGGUUUAUCACGCUAGUAUUGGUGGCUUUACAAUGCAGUGUGCAAGGUCUAUAUUUUUCUAUCGCUAAAAGAACUCCACAGGCCUUUUCAGGUUUUGCUGAAGCAGAGCUGCCAUUCAGGGUGUUCAUUCGACGAGAGUUCAACAUGAUGGCUUUGGACUUUCCCUACCUGUCGAAUGGACACUGCGUGAAAGACAACGUUUUUGAACAUUGUUCUGUUGGAAAUGCAAGUCACUCUGUUAAGCUUAGCAACCCAUCCAAGGGAAACCUUCCCUUGGUCAGGAACCGCUGUGCACGAUAUGUUGAACAGGCUGAAGUGAAAAUGAUGUGGCACAAUGGCCUCUGUACCAGUGCUGAGAACUGUCGCUUGAAUUGUGAUGCAGAGUUUUCACAGCAUUAUAAGCACUUUACGAACUUAGCCAAGCCUGUGGUUUUCAAAGAGGAUUCAACUUUGAAGCUAUGGUGCUACAAAGGUCAGGAAUUGUACUUAGAAAGGUGUGGGUAUAACCCUUUUUUCAAGAGUGUGACACUCAAGUGUUUUCGCCAUAAUUGUGUUUCUAGAUACCCGCUGGAGAAAAAGCCAACACCAGAUCCAGUUCAUACUAUCCAGUUACUGCGCUAUAACCAGAGUGUCAUGGCCAACGUCAUCCGUCCAGACUUUUACGUGGAUUUCCCCGGCUACAGUUUCGACUUCUCCCACUGUGCUAUAAUCAAUGACGCUCAUGUGCUCCUGCGACUGACAAAAUUCCAACCUCAAGUCAGCGUGCGUAGUGUCAAGUUCACCCUGCAGGAGUCUGAGGCCAUCAUAAAGCACCUUGCCAACUGCUCGCGCAACACAACUUGCUCUAUGAACUGCACUACAGGGUUUUUCCAGGGCAACAUCGACUUAUUUGCACCAGACCAAACGCAGGCAUUUGAUAUUAAACCUCUUUGGCUGCAGGACUCAUCGACCCCUCUUGAUUCCCUUGGCAAUGUCUCUGAUUCCGGGCUCACAUUUCAAGUUCGGCUAGCUAAAGCACAACCUUUGAAUUAUUGGGGAUCUGGAAAAAUGCGGCUCAUCAGCAAAACAGACGCGGUUAUCCUUAAUUUGACACUAUGGGGCUCUAAGAUAAGAAACCCAGGCAGUAACUCAUCCAAAGUUCUACAGGAGAUUUCCCUAGCUAAUUCUUCAUGUACUCUGAGUGACUCCAGCCGCUACAAGUAUAGCUAUAGGUUCCAGGCCGAAUCUUUGGGUGUUUUGGACAGCGACGGUUACUUGGAGAUUCGACUUAAUCAUUUGGACAGCCUGGCUUUGAAAAACGUGUAUUCCAGUGGAGUGUGUAACGCGUCUGUUGGUCCCCCCGUCUGUUUGCUGGACUGUGAGGCUGGCAUUGUCACCUAUAACCAGACCACCGUCUACCCAGCUUUCAGCUUGGUGUUAUACCCCUUUCAACCAGCGGUAGAUGAGAUUGUACUGCAGCAGCCUUUGUAUGAAUAUCCAGUUCAUACUAUCCAGUUACUGCGCUAUAACCAGAUUGUCAUGGCCAACGUCAUCCGUCCAGACUUUUACGUGGAUUACCCCGGCUACAGUUUCGACUUCUCCCACUGUGCUAUAAUCAAUGACGCUCAUGUGCUCCUGCGACUGACAAAAUUCCAACCUCAAGUCAGCGUGCGUAGUGUCAAGUUCACCCUGCAGGAGUCUGAGGCCAUCAUAAAGCACCUUGCCAACUGCUCGCGCAACACAACUUGCUCUAUGAACUGCACUACAGGGUUUUUCCAGGGCACCAUCGACUUAUUUGCACCAGACAAAACGCAAGCAUUUGAUAUUAAACCUCUUUGGCUGCAGGACUCAUCGACCCCUCUUGAUUCCCUUGGCAAUGUCUCUGAUUCCGGGCUCACAUAUCAAGUUCGGCUAGCUAAAGCACAACCUUUGAAUUCUGAGCCCAUCUCUACUCCGCCGCCUACACCAUCAAUGUUUGCUCUGCAGUCAGGGACAAUUCUUUAG